AUGGAACUUUCUAGCAGCCAAGAUGGUGAAAUCCAAAUCCCAUCUAAUAAUUAUGUUGCUACUGGUGUUAGUGUUAGUACUAACGGACACGGUCAUCAUCACAUGAUUCAUCACCACCAUCCUCCUCCACCACCACCACCACCACCUCUUGUACACCACCACAAUAACAUCGUAACAUCUUCCUCAACCGCAGCAGUAGUGCUUCAGAGUACAAACUCUACUGGUGUAGAACUAGAUCUUGAACAAUCCUCCUACAAGAAAGCGUUAUCACAAGUGGUGGUGAAGUACAGAGAAUGCUUGAAGAACCAUGCAGCUGCAAUGGGAGGAAAUGCUACAGAUGGUUGUGGUGAGUUCAUGCCAAGUGGCGAACAAGGUUCCAUAGAAGCACUCAACUGUUCAGCUUGCCAUUGUCACAGAAACUUCCAUAGAAAAGAAAUUGAAGGUGAAACUGAGGAAGAAAACUACCAACACAAGCAUAACUCACCUUUCGGCUUCAACUUUAACCGACAACAACAACAUCACAGCAUGAGGAAAUUCAUGUUACCUCUUCCCGAUCAACCUCUGGGCCUGGGCUACCACCACCAUCACACUACUCCCAACUCUACCUCAGCAGCAGAUAUUCUUCCUUCUAGAGCUGUAGCAGCACCGCAUGGACACGGGCACAUCAUAAUGCCUUUCAACUACAACCUACCUUCUGAAUCUGAUGAACAAGAAGAGCAUGGUAGAACACAGAGUCAGCAGCAACAGGUAAUGAUGAAGAAGAGGUUUAGGACAAAGUUUACACAGGAGCAGAAGGAGAAAAUGCUGAACUUUGCAGAGAAAGUAGGAUGGAAAUUUCAGAAACAAGAGGAAUCUCUGGUGCAACAGUUCUGUGCGGAGAUUGGAGUAAAGAGAAGAGUGCUCAAGGUUUGGAUGCAUAACAAUAAACACAAUCUCGCUAAGAAACAGCAUAUUGAUAUUACCACUGAUAAUCUUCCAACUCCUUAA